CUAGGGUUUCUCCUUGUCACACUCUCCCUCCCGCCUCAAGUCCCUCGCCGCCGCCGCCGCCGCCGCCCAAAACCCUACCCUCUUCUCCCCCUUCCCUCCUUCACCUUUAUUCUAAUGGCAGCCCAACCCGUCCGACGAAGCUGCUAGUGCUUGAAUCCACUCUCUUCAUCAGGUACCUCGCGACCCUACUGAAGCCUCCCCCGCCGUCGCUGCCAUGGCCACCCUCAACAUGUUCGAACUCCUCGGCGCCGACGACAACGACGACCCCUCGCAGCUGAUUGCCGCCGCGGAGGCGGCGGCUCAGAAAGCCGAGGCGAAGAAGUCCGCCGCAGCGCCUGCUGGGAAGGCUGCCCAGCCUGCGGCGGCCGCCAAGUUCCCGACCAAGCCCGCUCCCCCCUCGCAGACUGUGAGAGAUGCACGCGGUGGUGGUGCAUCAGCUCGUGGAGGCUUUGGCCGUGGCGAACGCGGCCGUGGUAGAGGUGGACGGGGAUAUGGCCAGAACCGCGACUUCAGUGGUGACAAUGCCAAUGGCUUCCAGGGAGGUUAUGGUGGCGGAGGCUAUGGUGGCGGAGGCUAUGGAGAUGGUGCUGUAACUGGUGGAGCUGAAGGGGAAAGGGAGAGAGGCCCUCGCCCCCCAUACCGUGGUGGAGGCAGACGUGGUGGUUACAGGAAUGGUGAGUUUGGUGAUGAUUCUGAGAGGCCACCACGGAGAAACUAUGAGCGCCACAGUGGGACUGGCCGUGGCUAUGAGAUGAAGCGUGAUGGUGCAGGACGUGGGAACUGGGGCACUGCCACUGAUGAGGUUCUUGCCCAGGAAACAGAGGAAGCUCUGAAGGUGGAGGAGGGUGCUCCUGUUGCUGAGAAACAGGGUGAGCAGAAUGAUGCCCCAGCAGCGGAUGAGAACAAAGAUAACAAGGAUUCUGCUGCAAAUGAGGAGGAAGAAAAGGAAGAGGACAAGGAGAUGACUUUGGAGGAAUAUGAAAAAAUAAAAGAGGAGAAGAGGAAAGCACUACUUGCAUUGAAGGCUGAAGAGAGAAAAGUUGAAGUUGAUAAGGAUCUGCAGUCUCUGCAGCCACUUUCAAACAAGAAAGAAAAUGAUGAAGUUUUCAUUAAGCUGGGUUCUGACAAGGAUAAAAAGAAGGAAAUUGCUGAGCGUGAUGAGCGUGCCAAGAAGUCGGUGAGCAUCAAUGAGUUCCUGAAACCUGCUGAAGGAGAAAGGUACUAUGGUGGCCGUGGUCGUGGAAGGGGUGGCCGCGGGGAGCGUGGUGGUUUUAGAGGUGGAUACGGAGGGGGAUACAAUCGUGGCCCUGCUGCUGCUCCAUCCAUUGAAGAUCAAGCUCAAUUCCCAAGCCUUGGUGGGAAGUGAAGGGUGUGCAGUGUCACCGAGCAUUGCAUUGUCUGCUGUUGUCAUCUUUAAAUUUUGUCCGACAUUAAAAUUCUGUGCCACGAUUUAAACGGAACAAAUAAUGAUGUUGCAUGUGGCUUUCUUUCAUUAUGUGGUACGUGACGUUGUAUACCGGAGUUUAUCAGAUUUAGCCUCUAAUUUUGUAGGCUAGCUUUAUCAUUUUGUUGAAGAUCGACAAUCCUA